AUGGACAAACUUUCAUUUACACCGGAAUUAUGGACAAAAAUAUUCAUUGUAAUCAAUAGUUUAUUUGUAGUAUUUAGCUUUAUUAUGUUUGCCUUAGGUAUCAGUGCCUUAGAUACAUUACUUAAAUAUGGUACAAUAUUACAAUUAGCACCACCAGCAAUAUAUGGAACGGUUAUAUUUACUGGGUUACUUGGUAUGAUAGCUGCAGCUGUUGGAUUUUUUGGUUUAUGGAAAAAAAUGAAAAUUAUUGCUCUUGUGCAUAUGAUUAGUUUAGGUAUAGCAACAUUGGUUAAUAUAUGUAUUGGUAUUGCAGCAGCAGCAACUCAAGAUAAAUAUAAAACAGAUGCUCAACAAUCAUUAUUGAGUUCUAUUUCAAGUUAUAAUCAAACUCAAUAUUCAUCGGAAUUCGAUAAGUUACAUACUACUUUCUAUUGUUGUGGAGCUAAUUCAUACAGAGAUUUUAAAACGUAUAACAUGAAGAUACCACCGUCUUGUAGAGUUGGUGAAUUGACCUAUGCAACAGGUUGUAUUGAAGAAGUAACUGGCUUUGCACAAAGUUAUUCAACUAUAUUAAUAGCUUUAUGUUUUAUCACAGCUAUUCUUCAAGGUGCCUAUUUGGGUAUUUCAAUAUGGAUGAUUCGUAAAUCGGAUGAUGGAGUAUCUUUCGCUGCAUAA